GACGCACAAUUUGUGAAGGAUAUGACGUCGCGAACUGGAGCGUUUCCUGUGUUUUCCCAUUAAUACCAUUUUCAGGACUGCCUGCUUGCAUCAUAGGCCGGUGGAGAGGUUUGAAUAGUCAGGGGAUAGAAGAUCGCCGCCACUGACGACCACUUUCUAAUAACCGCAAAUACACGACAUCACUGAUGUUCCUCUACCAACUGUUGCCCUUCCUUUGGGCUGUUUCUGCAAAUGCAGAUUUCUUUCAAUUUGACAGUAUUUCAAAUGCAUCUACGUAUUAUUUCAAUUAUAUUUAUUGUAAUCUAUGGGAAGGGGAGUGUCAACCGAAUCAAGAUGAUACGACUCAGCAAGUACCUACUAGGGACCUGUGGGCAGGAUUUCCUCAGGACUACAUCCGUUUGCUGUCACAGUGGUAUUGCAGCCUGGGACAGUGCUGUGAAUCAGGGGAUUGUCGGAUAACAAAUAAUAUUACAGGUCUGGCUAGUGAUCUACAGCUAAAGCUUCACGGGCAGCACCUUGCCCAAUCAGUGGUUCUGAAGGCUGUGCAAGGCUUCAUCAGUAACCCUGAAUCCAAUAAGCCAUUGACCCUCUCCUUCCAUGGCUGGUCUGGCACAGGCAAGAAUUUUGUGGCACGGAUUAUAGCUGACAACUUGUACCGGGACGGAGUGAAGAGCGAGUGUGUGCGUCUGUUCAUUGCCCCAUUCCACUUCCCCCAUGCCAGACUGGUGGACACAUACAAGGGCCAGCUUAGAGAAGCUAUCCGGGACAUGGUGCUGCGUUGCCCACAGACACUUUUCAUCUUUGAUGAGGCUGAGAAACUGCACCCGGGCCUUAUAGAUGCCAUCAAGCCCUAUAUGGACCAUUAUGACAAUGUGGAUGGGGUCAGCUACAGGAGGGCUGUCUUCUUAUUCCUCAGUAAUAUUGGUGGCACAACCAUCAAUGAUGUGUCCUUGGACUUCUGGCACUCAGGGCAGAACAGAGAGGACAUUGGGAUGGAGGACUUGGAACACCGGCUACGAGCUGAAGCUAUGGAAUCUCAAGGAGGCUUUGCACAGAGUGAGCUGAUGUCAGGUCACCUUAUUGACUUCUUUGUGCCCUUCCUACCUCUGGAGUACCGUCAUGUCAAGCUCUGUGCCCGUGAUGCCUAUGCAGCGCGGGGUCUGGAGCCAGACGAAGGAACCCUGGACGAAGUGGCAAAGGCCAUGCUAUAUGUACCCAAGGAGGAGAGGCUAUUCUCUGCCCAAGGCUGCAAAUCCAUACCACAGAGAAUCAAUUUCUUCCUCCCCUAAACAUACUAAUGCAACCCAGAAAACACACACAGUAUUUUAGCAAAAAGGAAAAAGUAUGACCUGCUGACAUAUUGAACAUUGUUGCGAUGUGGUAUGCCCACUCCUCAACCUACACUGCCAAGAAAGCAAGCAUAGGACAUCUGGCUCCAGUAAGAUUCUAUCUGAUUACAAAAUAAGAGAUUUUACAAGUGUGGAUUUUCAACUUAGAUUUUUUUUUUACCCUGCUCAUUAGACUACUUUUAUGCACUGAUUUUAGGUCAAGCUCAGGUCAACUCUGUAGUUUUAGUAUUUGCAUGUAUAUAUUUACAGUGGAUUUGGAAAGUAUUCAGACCCCUUUACUUUUUCCACAUUUUGUUACGUUACGGCCUUAUUCUAAAAUUGA